AUGCAAAAUUCACCAUUUGUUCCAGGCAAGUCCAGUUGGAUAUGGACGCCGAAUUUCGAUGAUUCAGCGGCCAAGGGACAAUUUGUUUUGUUUCGGAAGACCUUUGAGCUCGAAAGGGAGCCGGCAUCAGAAGUCCUCUUGCAUGUGUCAGCUGAUACUCGCUUUCGCUUGUAUCUAAAUGGAGUGAGCGUCGGCUUCGGGCCGGCCAAGAGCUAUCUUUCCCGGUGGUAUUACGACACGAUAAACAUAGCCGGACAUCUCAAACAAGGCUCAAAUGUAUUGGCAGCGAGAGUUUUGCGCUUCUCAAGUAGCCAUGAUGGCUGCCUUAGCAUGAUCAGGAGCCCAUUUCCAGGCUUCAUUCUAAGCUGCGAAGUUGGGGACCUCAAUCUCGGUACCGAUUAUGGGUGGAAAACAUGCAAGGAUACUGCAACAAGUCUAGUUCCAGAUGAAGACUGGGAUUACAGGCUGGGACCUCAAUUUCUCAGCCUAAAUGAAAAUGUGGAUGGCAGCAAGCUGCAAAAUGGCUGGCAACUGGCAGGAUUCGAUGACAGUACCUGGCCUGCCGCGAUACCCGCAACACCUCAACGAAAAAUGUCUCCCAUGGUCGAUCCUUGGCGAUUGUUCCCCAGAGGCAUACCAGUUUUGCCAGAAAACACCACUCGCUUCGAUGGUGUCGUGAGAUGUUCAGACCCAGCGUCGGCCGAAGAGUGGAGACAGCUGCUUUCAGGAAACGCUGCGGUCAGCGUUCCUGCGAACUCAUCACACUGGGUUGAGAUCGAGACAAGUGAGUUGACAACUGGAUUCAUAGACCUCCUUAUGACUUCCAAUGAAUUCGACAACAAUACAUCGGCGCCAAGAGUCGAGAUACUCUGUUCCGAAUGCUAUGAAGCUCCGAUGGAAUCAGUCACUAGCCGCGUUAAAAAUGACAGAACUGAUUAUAACAAUGGAAUCUUGUAUGGGAUGAAGGACACAUACGCCCUUCACAAGGGAUCCAACCAUUAUUCUCCUUUCUGGUUCCGCACUUUCCGCUACAUUCGCCUUACCGUCACGACAACCGGAUCCAGUGCUCCAGUCAGCAUUGAUUCUCUCACUUUCCGCUCAACACACUACCCCCUCGAAAUACGAACCAAGAUUCAAACAUCAGAUACCCUGACCCGCAAGCUCUGGGACAUAAGUGUCAAUACCCUGCGCAAUUGCAUGCAUGAAACAUACGAAGACUGUCCUUUCUACGAGCAGAAUCAGUUCGCCAUGGACACACGCAGCAUGAUCCUGUUCACGUACCUCCUCUCCCGCGACGAUUGCCUGGCCCGCAAAGCGAUGCAAGAAUUCUACGCCACCCGACGCGAGGACGGCCUGAUUGAGACUCAUGCCCCGUGUCCUGGGCGAGCUACAAACAUUCCCACCUUCUCGCUGUUCUGGGUACUGAUGGUCUGGGACCACAUGGUGCACUUCGGAGACGAAGCACUGGUCAGGAGCUACUUGGGAGCCGUUGACGGUGUGUUGAACUACUUCCACCAGCGAGUCAAUCCAGUUACCGGCCUUGUCGGCCAAUUUGAUCAAGACACUUGGGCUUUUGUGGACUGGGCUGAAGGAUGGGCGACACCGUCGAAGGGCUUUUGGGGCCUCGCUGUGCCACCGGCAUAUUACAAAACCGGAUCGGCGACGUACCACUCUCUUGUCUAUGCUUACGUCUUGUCCAGAGCAAGCGAGUUGUGCUGCUUCCUGGGAAGAUAUGACACAGCUGAAGAGUACACUCGAAGACGCGAUGAACUCAUUGAGGCAGUCAGAAAGCACUGUUUCGAUAGGGAAACCGGUUUCUUCCUCGAUGGGCCUGGAACAAAUGGCGAAGUCAGCCAACACUGCCAGAUCUUUGCGGUCUUAGCAGGAUGUGUCAGCGGCGAGGACGCCAAGGUGCUCUUGAGGCGAUCAAUUCUUCAGAGAGAACAAUAUGGUCUUGUCAAGGCGAGCUUUGCUUUGGGAUUCUACAUGUUCAGGGCCGUCAGCCUCGCCGAUGUUUACGAAGAGUGCUGGUCUACGUUGAUUCAGCCGUGGGAGAGGAUGAUUGCCGACAACUUGACGACUUGGGCUGAAAGCGAGAGCAUGAUGCGGAGCGACUGCCAUGGUUGGAGUGCCACUCCGGUGUGGGAAAUUGGGACUGAGAUUCUUGGGGUGAAGCUAAGAAGCCAGAAGUACAUCGACCACGUGCUUGGCAAAGGCACACUUGAUAUCGAAGACAAGAAAGGCCAAUCUGGCACUCAGAUUGUGCCCCGGAAGAGUCUCGUCCGCGGUCACAUCAGCGCUGAUGUUCUCGUUGGAGAUGGACAGGAUGACUUGGUGCACGUCGAGAUCUCCGAAGGCUUGGAAUAA